AUGGUGGAUUCGAAAACUGCAAAAAUGGCUACAGUCACUCUAACAGCUACUGAAGGGGGCGUGAAGCCACUUCAGACCAAAGAUAUUGCGACUCGCCUUCUCAACGGUACACUCCAUUCCCAGUGGCCCGAUUUUGAACAAUUCGCGACCAUUGAUGGCCUAUUAAAAUCACAUGCUGCUCAGCCAGAUGAGGGAAAUCAUCCCUUGGUAUGCUAUCCAAUUCGUGCGGCAGCCGACUUCGAGGAGCAUACAGCCGGGGAUCUUGAUCGAUAUACCGAUGUUGCUGUCCGCUAUUACAUGCAACAGGGUCUUGCUCCCGCUGACCCGAGUCUCGAGAAAGCACCUGUCAUUGCUACCCUUGUCGGGUCCAGCUUCGAGGCUGUAGUGACUAUGUUUGCGUUAAAUCGCCUCGGCUACGCUGUGCUUUUCUUGUCCACGCGUCUCACAGCACCAGCAUAUGCACGACUUAUGGACAUGGCAAACUGCAAUCAAAUCAUCAACACAAAGCAACAUCAGCAAGUCGUCACAGAAAUUUGUGCCCAGCGUCCUAGUUGUAGUAGCUUCUCUCAGCUACAGAGAGAGAACUGGUUUAAUCGCCCUGCCAGUUUCCCUCGCUACCAGCGACCAAACGUUGAUCCAUCACGAGAAGGCAAGAAAGUUGCCUGGAUCUUGCAUUCAUCUGGUAGUACCGGUUUCCCAAAGCCGAUUUUCCUAUCUAAUCUUCAAACUCUGGCCAAUUUCCGCAAGAGCUUUGGUCUGCGUCUUUUCACAAUCAGCCCACUAUUCCAUUCACAUGCCCUGAUGGAGCUUGGGCGGGCGUUCUUUACCAGAGCACCUGCGUAUCUCGGAAACCACUCCCUGCCUGUCACAUAUCAGAACCUUUUCGACGCCCUUCAGGUGGCCAAGCCACAGCAAAUCAGCGCCGUGCCAUACGUCAUCAAAUUACUGGCCGAGAGACAGGAAGGAAUCCAAGCACUGGCAAGCCCGAAGCUCGUGCUUUAUGGUGGCUCCAGCUGCCCCGAUGAUCUUGGCGACCGUCUUGUUGCGCAAGGAGUAAAUUUGGUCGGCAACUACGGGGCUACGGAAACAGGUCAAAUUAUGACUUCUUUCCGGUCUCCUGGAGAUAAUGAGUGGCAGUACAUGAGACUUCAUCGCCCUGUUGCCGACCUCACUUUGAUGGACGAGAUCUCUCCUGGUGUCUUCGAAUGCGUUGCCUUAGAUGGUCUGCCAAGCAAGGGCCCUUCAAACUCGAAACCACCAUACAGCGCAAAGAACCCCGAGAACAGUUUCAGAACGGCCGAUUUGUUUACCAGGCAUCCUGACCCUGAGAAGAGUAACUACUAUAAGUAUUUGAGCAGAUUGGACGAUCGAAUCACGCUGGUCAACGGUGAAAAGGUUCUUCCUGUACCGAUUGAGGGCCGCGUCAGAGAAGAGCCUAUUGUGAGCGAUUGUGUCGUGUUUGGGUUCCAACGAACUGUUCCUGGAGCUUUGAUCUUCCGCGCUCCCGGCAAGGUGGAGCAUUUGAGCGAUGAUGAAUUUCUGGAAGCUAUCUGGCCAGCUGUUGAAGCUGCAAAUGCUCGUGCUGAAACGUUUUCUCGCAUUCCAAAAGAAUUGGUCGUGAUCAAAGGCGCUGAUGUUGUAUACGCCAAAACCGACAAAGGCACAUGUAUCCGGGCUCAAGUAUACCAACAAUUUGAAGAAGAUAUCAAACAAGCGUAUGCCAAGUUUGAAGGAAGCGACCAGAAACGAGGCACGCUUGCACUGAGCGUGCCCGAACUGGAAACCUGGCUCCUUUCAAGAUUCAGCGAAGACUUGGGCGUGCCACUUCCUGGAGCCGAGACUGACAUCUUCUCCGCUGGUGUCGACAGUCUGCAGACCACGCAGAUCUGGAGGUACAUUGUACGCGAUAUUGAUAUUGGCGAACAAGGGAAUCGGCUAUCUCAAAACAUCGUGUUCGAGAAAGGCACUAUCAGAGCGUUGGCUAAGCAUCUAUAUCAGAUGAGAACCGGCCAGGAGUUUGAAAAGGAAGAUGAGCUGGCCAUCAUGCAUGAAUUGAUCGAAAAGUAUUCACACUUCACCCAACACUUCCCAGCUAUUACUCAACAACCGCAAACCGAAGUGAUAAUGGUCACUGGUGCGACAGGUAACCUCGGAGCCUUCAUUGUGGCAGAAUUAUUGAAGCGACCAACGGUAUCCGAGGUAUGGGCACUUGUGCGCGCACCAGGUCAAGCAGCAGCAGGAGCCCGUCUUUAUAAAUCGCUGGCUGAUCGCAAAAUCGUUCUCACCGACGAAGAAGCUGCAAAACUUCACGCCGUUCCCAGCGACUUGUCACAAUCUAACCUCGGACUCAACGAUCACAUCCUCCGGCACUUGCUGUCAUCAUUGACAUGCGUGAUCCACAGCGCCUGGGCUGUCAACUUCAACUUGGGCGUGCGAUCCUUCGAACAACAGCAUAUCCGCGGAACAUACAAUCUCAUUAAUCUCUGUCUACGCUCUUCUCUGCCUCUCCCCGCACGAUUCUUCUUCUGCUCUAGUGUGAGUGCCGCAAGCAACACCCCCAAACCAGCUUCGAUUCCCGAGACCAUGAUCGAGGAUUUGAACCACGCACAGAAGAUGGGAUAUGGCAGGUCAAAAUUGGUCACUGAGCAUAUCACCCGCAACGCCAUGCGCCAGACUGGCAUGCAGGCCCGAGUACUGAGAAUCGGCCAGUUGGGUGGUGAUACUGUCGGUGCACAGUGGAAUGAGACCGAAGCUAUAGCACUCAUGUUCCGCAGUGCGCUGACAACGGGCGCAUUGCCGGAGUUGAGCGAAACCCCCAGCUGGUUGCCCGUUGAUCAAUGUGGCCUGGCAAUCUCGGAUAUUGCUAUGAAUACUGCGUCUGCCUCUUCUGAUGCUAAUUUGGUAUAUCAUUUGGUGAAUCCUAAGGUGUUCAGCUGGAAGAGGGACCUACUCCCUGCUUUGAAGAAUGGGUCUGCACUGCCCGACUUCGAGGUCGUAUCCCCACAGGAAUGGCUUCGAAGACUGGCAAGCAGUGAGCAAGACCCGGAGAAGAACCCCAGUAUCAAACUCAUUGAUUUCUGGCAAUCUAAAUACGCAAAUCAUGGCCAGCAACCAGCAGGUGCUUUGGCUCCGGAGCAAGAACAGCAAAACGAGGCUGGUCUUUCUUUCGAUACUGGCCUCACCAUCCAAGACUGCCCCUCUUUGGCGCUGGUGGAUGAUCCAGUUAGUGUGGGUUUGAUCCAGCGUUAUAUUGAGACUUGGAUGAAGCGAUGGACUAGUACAUAA